AUGGCGAACAACCCGAAGCAAAAGAUGUCUGUGUUGCUAACCAAGCUCGGAGAUCGAGACACAUUCACAAUGGCGGCUCGUGAGCUCGAUUUGAUGGCUAGACAGAUUGAUCCUUCCUCCGGCAAUAAUCUACAGUCGUUUAUCUCCGUCAUCCUCUCCGCCGACACCGGCGAUAAACCCGCGGUUCGUAAGCAUUGCAUACACCUGCUCGCCGUGUUAUCCGUCUCUCUCCCUCCCAACACUCUGUCUCCUUUCCUCUCCAAGAUCCUCGCUCGCAUCACGCGCCGCCUCCGCGAUCCGGACUCUUCCAUCCGCUCGACCUGCGUCGCCGCCGUGUCGGCGAUCUCUUCCCGGACGACGAAGCCUCCUUUCGCUUCCGCGUUCAUGAAGCCGCUGGCGGACACGCUCUUCACCGAGCAGGAGGUGAACGCGCAGAUCGGUGCCGCGCUGUGCCUCGCCGCGGCGAUUGACGCAGCUUCGGAUCCGGAUCCGGCUCGGUUGGGGCAGGUGCUUCUGCCGAGGCUGGAGAAGCUGGUAAAGUGUAAAGCGUUUAAGGCGAAAUCCGCGGGAGUGGUUGUGAUCGGAAGUGUGAUUGGUGCUGGUGGUGUGUCCAGCUCCGGCGGAUUGAAAGGUCUGGUGGAUUGUUUGCUUAGCUUCUUGGCUAGUGAAGAUUGGGCUGCGAGGAAAGCAGCUGCUGAAGCAUUGGGGAAGUUAGCUGCCAUGGAGAGAAACGGUUUAGCCGAAUUCAAAGCUAAGUGCUUGAAGAUUUUCGAAAGCAGGAAAUACGACAAGGUGAAAGCUGUGAGAGAGGUGAUGAAUCAGAUGAUGGAGGCGUGGACACAAGUCCCAGAUUUAUCAGAGGAGGUGUCUCCACCCAGAUCUAAUGCUUCUUCUAAAGGUAUGGGAGGAGAUGAUGCAAGUGAUGGAAGAUCUAGAUUUGCAUCAACACCUGCUAAAUCAAGAACUCGUCUGGUUAACAGAUCGACUCCACCGGGUAGCUCAAUCGCCACCGCGGCUAAGAGACGGACUAAUAUAAAGAGCAGUGAUCAGAAGAAGACAAGUUCAGUGCCAACACAGAGCAAAUCAAACGUAAGGAGAAGAUUGGACUGGAAAGCUGGAGGAGGAGGAGGAGCUGUUUUUCCUACUGGUGAGCCUCUUGAAGUUGAAGAGGAACAACAUCACUCCCAUGAUGAGAACACAAAGGAAGCGAUGCAGCAGAGGAUAGGAAGUGUUGAGAGUUCUCUUACUUAUAAUAUUCCACUAUCCGGUGAAACUACUAUGGCAACAGGACAUCAUGUCUUGUCUGAGAACCAGAACAGUAGUAACUGUAAAGGGCUUGAAGAUAUAUCUCUGCUCCGUAAUCAGCUUGUUCAGAUUGAGCAACAGCAAUCCAAUCUAAUGGAUCUCCUUCAGAGAUAUGUCGGAAGCUCACAGAAUGGAAUGCGUGGUUUGGAAACACGAGUUCACGGCUUGGAACUUGCGCUGGAUGAGAUAUCUUAUGACUUGGCGGUUUCAAAUGGGAGAAUGAGUAACGGCUCAGGCAAAAACAGCUGUUGUCUGUUUCCUCCCGGAGGUUUCAUGAGGUCCAAAUUCUGGAAGAAGCCAGAGUCAAAGUCUUUAGCAUCGAGACUGUCCACUUAUACAAACAGGAAUGCAGAAACCAUUGGGACACAAGACUCGUCUAGGCAGCGGUUUAAUGGAGCUGCCGGAUUUAUAGUCAACCCAUUAGCUGAAAUUCGACCAGAUAAUGGAUCAGCAGGUAUGCAUCACGAUUGA